UCUUAUUAACGUCCAGACGCGCUUUCUGCUGCCGCUGCCGAGCCGAGCUGGGAUUUAUCACGUCUGUUCGCCGGGAAAACCUUUUACUCUGCAAGCCCCGUCCCGAGUCUGCAGGGAAAGGGAUUUACCUGUGAUUUAUUUUUAAUUUUUUAAUUUUUCCCUGUGUGUGUGAGUGUGUGUGCAGAAACAAAGAGCCGCGGAGCGCCUCGCAUUCACACACAAAGAGGCUUGUGGAUCUUUUGUUUGCCUCCUUUUUCUUUUCUUUUUUUUUUCGGGGUUCUUUUGUUGGAGUGAAACCAUCAUGGGAGCGCAGUUGUCUAAGACCGCCGGGAAGGCGGAGACGGCGGUGGAGAAGCCUGGGGAGGCUGCGGCUUCCCCGGCCAAGAGCAACGGCCAGGAAAACGGGCACGUCAAAGCGAACGGGGACGCCUCUCCUGCGGCCGAGAACGGAAAAGAGGAGGUGCAGGUCAACGGCAACGCCGCAGCCGAGGAGGCCCCCAAGGAGGAGGCCCCCAAGGAGGAGGCGGAGAAGGCCGAGGCCGCCCCGGCUGAGAAGGAUGCCGGCGCCGCCGGCGAGGAAAACGUAGAGAACGCUGCUUCUCCAGCCCCUGCGGAGGGCGAGGGCAACGGCGCAGCCAAGGCCGAGGAGGAGGGCGCGACGCCGUCCGCCAGCAACGAGACCCCCAAGAAGAAGAAGAAGAAGUUCUCCUUCAAGAAGUCGUUCAAGCUCAGCGGCUUUUCCUUCAAGAAGACCAAAAAGGAGACGGGCGACGGGGCAGAGAGCGAGGAAGCGGCGGCCCCGGCUGCGGAGGCAGAGGCCCCCACAGAGGAGGCCCAGCCCGCCGAGGGCGCGGAGGAGCCCGCUGCCGCCGCCAGCGAGGAGCCCAAGCCUGCAGAGGAGGAAGCGGCGCCGCCUGCCGCUGAGCCAGCCAAGGAGGAGGUGGAGGCCAAGCCAGAGGAGGCAGCGCCGGCGGAGGAGAAGCCUGCCGAGGAGGCUGCCGCUCCCGCCGCCGCAGAGGAGCCGGCGGAGCCAGCGGGGCCCGUCGCCGCAGAGGAACCCAAAGCCGAGGAGCCCAAAGCAGAGGAGCCCAAAGCAGAGGAGCCCAAAGCCCAGGAGCCCAAAGCCCAGGAGCCCAAAGCCCAGGAGCCCUCACAGGAAGCAGGAUCAGGUGAAACCUCCGCCGCCGCCGCCGCGUCCGAGGAGUGAGGCCCCCCCACCCAGGAGGGAAGUUACACCAGAUAAUCAAAGAACAUUUCCCUGUUUCUACGGUAGCGGUUUGGAGAACUUUCUGCAAACGGAGAUAUUUUAAAGCUUUUUUUUGUUUUUUUUUGCCCCCUCCCCCUUCUUUAUACAAAACCCAUCUCAGUCCAGUGAUACUAGCAUUCCAACGGGCGGGACGCGGGUGGCUUCGAAAUGUAAAACCGCUCUAAUACAUUCACACCCUGCCAUAUAUUUUUACAUCAGUAUUAUUAUUUUUUAUUUUAUUUUUUUUUUUCCUCUUAUUUUUCUACAAGACGUAGUACGGACGGCCCGUGGAGCGGAGGAGGAGGAG